AUGGUCUUGGAGACCCUGUCGAGCUCAUUCUCCCAGUUCAAGUUGAACUUCAACAUGAACAAGAUGGAGAUGUCUCUUCCAAUGCUUAUGAAGGAACUUCAAUCCGCUGAGCAGAUAAUGGGAAAGGAGAAGCAAGUCCAUUUUGUUAAGGUUUCUAAUUCUGGGCCUAAAAAGUAUGGAUGCAUUUAUCUAAUGCGCCGCAAGUCUGAGGCUUUGGACAAGUUCAAAGAGUUUAAAGCUUUUGCGGAGAACCAAUUGGAUAAAUGCAUCAAAGCUAUACAGUCUGACCGUGGUGGCGAAUACAUGCUAGAUGAGUAUAAACAGUAUCUCACGGAUAAUAGCAUUGUUAGUAAGCUUUCUGCACCUAGAACUCCUCAACAAAACGGGGUAGCAGAAAGGAGAAAUAGGACUCUACUGGAUAUGAUAAGACAACUAAAUUUGGACCAAGAUCUGUGCUGUGCUAUUGGGUUGGAUUUCCUAAAGGGACUCGUGGUGGCUAUUUCUACAAUCCUGAGAGUCAAAAAAAAUGUUGAGAAUGAACAAAUAGCCGAAACAAAUUUGGAUGCAACACCAGAGCUUCGUCGUAGUGGGAGGGUCGCACGACCUCCUGAAAGGUUCAUGUACUUUGGAGAGUCAGUUUUGGUAGUGUCUGACGAACUUGAACCAGAUCCCACUAGUUACGAAGAAGCAAUUUCUGAUGUUGAUGCGGAUCAUUGGCUCAAAGCGAUAGAAUCUGAAUUAGAGUCUAUGUAUUCUAAUGAAGUGUGGGAUCUUGUAGACAUACCUGAUGGAAUAAAACCCAUAGGGAGCAAAUGGGUCGACAAAAGGAAAAGAGGAGUAGAUGGAAAGGUUGAAACCUUUAAAGCAAGGCUCAGAAAAAGGGUAUAG